UUUUAAUCGUAAUAGCCAUUUAUAAUUGAAGCAAUGGGGAAAAGACCGGCUCAAGACUCUGAUUCUGACAUUGAUGUCAGUAGUACCGACUCCGAAAAUGAAAUGGAACAACAAGAACCAGAACAAGAAGAAAUUGUUAAUGUUGAUUUUGAUUACUUUGAUUUAAAUCCAGAUGUUGAUUUCCAUGCCACCAAAACAUUUCUCCGUCAACUACUUGGGGAUGAUUGCAAUGAGUUUGAUAUCUCAGGCUUAGCCGAUUUGAUAUUGACCAAAAACUCUGUUGGUACCACCAUCAAAACCGAAGGUAAAGAAAGUGAUCCGUUUGCAUUAUUAUCGGUGAUCAAUUUGGCAGAACAUGGAGACAAACCAUGUGUUAAACAAUUGAUUGAUUAUUUUUACCAAAAAACAUCCAGAAGCACCGAAUACAAUAUGUUUUUAAGAAAGUUAUUGGCUAAAGAUUCAAAAUUGAAAGUUGGUUUGAUAAUAAGUGACCGUAUGAUCAAUAUGCCAGUAGAAGUUGUUCCUCCAAUGUAUAAAAUGUUAUUAGAAGAAAUGGCUAAAGCUGAAGACGCCCAUGAAAAAUACGAAUUUGACUGGUUCUUAAUCCCAUCCAAAAUCUAUAAAAUAGUUACUGCAAAUUUCCAAAGCGAAAAUGAUCAAAGAUCAAAGAAAUCAAAAGCCGCAAAUGAUGCUGUCGUUGAACAAAGUGAUUAUUUCCAUUAUGAGGAUAUAGUUUUGGAAGAAAACGCCAAAUUCCACCAAAGUUUCGACUACAAUGUCAAGCAAGAUACUGAUUCAAGAAGAGUCUUCACCGAAUACGGUAUUGAUCCUCAGUUGAGUUUAAUCCUCAUAGACAAAGACAGUUUGGCCAAGUCCAUUCCUCAAAUGGAGGAAAAGUUCCCACCUUUCUAAUCAUGUCUUUACUUCGUUUUCACAUUCACCUUUUACUUUCACCUUCACCUUUUACCCUUUCCACUUUAUGACUUCCUUCCUCCCAUCUCUUGUAUACUAAUCUACAUUCACCAGUCC